GAACGAUCUCAGGCUUGUGAUGAUGAUGAUGAUGAUGAUGAUGAUGUACUGUACUUGAGCUCCUGGGCGGACCUCCUCACACGAGUGUAACUGAAACCGCCUACUCUCAGCGUCAGCCCAAACCCCCAAACUCCCAAACUCCAAGCGUCCUGCGAAUCGAGCUGGAAUAAAUGCUCAGUUAUCAUUAUUUAGGACUCGCAGGCGGGGACACAGCGGUCCGACGGCUCUGGACGUUUUAAGCUGCUAAUUAUUACCAAGAUAAUGGGGUGCUGGACUUUCUCGGCUGCAACAUCUGCACUUAUCGUUUCUUGUUAUGUCCACUCUCUCGCCUUUACAAACAUUAAGACCAACUUCUGCAAGUGGUGUGACUCUUCAAGCCCCCGCUGUGAAAACAAUGUCUGCACCAGCAACUGCAACUUCAGCUCCUUCUGUGCCAUGUCUGAAGAGAUCUGUGUGGCUGUGUGGAAGCAGGACAAUGAGAGUGUCAGCGUUCGAACCCUGUGCCACCACCCACAGGAAACCCUGGAGAACAUCAUGGUGUCCAAUUACUCCACCACACAGUGCGUGAUGGUGCAGCAGUCUUCUGAUGAGGGAACUGUGUACAUCUGUGGCUGUGUGGAGGAUCACGAGUGUAACGACAUGCUGGUGUUUGACAAGCACUCCAAUGGAUAUUUAAAAUUACAGAGCAAAGAAGUAAUUCCUGUGGUUGUGAUCAGCUUGCUCCCACCUGUUUUGGUUGCCAUUAUUUCCACCCUGGCCUUUUACCUUUAUCGUACCCGCCACCAGAACAAACAGCCCAAAGACUGGCCUCCUAAACGCACCCACUACCAGUCCUUGGACCUUCCGAAGAACAACACAGAUUACAAUGGGAAACCCUUGACGAUAAUGGACGAUGGACACUCAGAUGUCUCCUCGACUUGUGCCAACAACAUAAACCAUAACACCGAGCUGCUGCCCAUCGAGCUUGACACUGUGGUGGGCAAGGGGCGGUUCGCUGACGUCUGGAGAGCCAGGCUGAACCACAACGCCUCUGGACAGUAUGAGACCGUCGCUGUCAAGAUCUUCCCUUCUGUGGAGUACUCUUCCUGGAAGAAUGAGCGCAAGAUCUUUUCGGACAUUAACCUCAAGCAUGAGAGCGUGCUGCAGUUUCUCACAGCUGAGGAGAGAGGCACAGGGCCACAGAAGCAAUACUGGCUCAUCACAGCCUACCACAGCCUGGGGAACCUGCAAGACUACCUGACCAGCCAUGUCCUCACGUGGAGAGAGCUCCACUCGGUGGCGGGGUCCGUGGUCAGAGGAGUGGCCCACCUCCACAGCGACUACACCGCCUGUGGAGCCCCUAAAAUCCCCAUUGCUCACAGAGACCUCAAGAGCACCAACAUUGUGAUGAAGAGCAAGACAGAGUGUGUCCUGUGUGAUUUUGGGCUGGCUCUGAGGCUGGACCUCUCUCUCACAGUGGAUGACUUUGCCAACAGUGGGCAGGUGGGCACUGCACGCUACAUGGCUCCAGAGGUUCUCGAAUCUCGGGUCAACCUGGAAGACCUGGAGUCCUUCAAACAGAUGGACGUGUAUUCCAUGGCUCUGGUCCUAUGGGAAAUGGCGUCUAGGUGUGAUGUGAUUGGCGAUGUGAAGGGCUACGAGCCGCCCUUUGGCUCGAAGGUGUGCGAGCAGCCCUGUGUGGAGAGCAUGAGGGACCUGGUUCUCCGGGACAGAGGGCGGCCGGACAUCCCCAGCAGCUGGCUGGUCCACCAGGGGAUGAAGUUCCUGUGCUCCACCAUCGUGGAGUGCUGGGAUCACGACCCCGAGGCCCGACUGACCGCGCACUGCGUGGAGGAGCGCUUCAACUCCAUGGGGCAGGAAGGGUACGAGGACAUUCUGAACAACAACAACCAGCACACCAGCAGCCCCGCAUGCCCGGAGCUCAGGAAGCCCAGCAGCAGCGCCCAGGAGCCCAAGCCUCUCGAAGACAAGGCAGCAGUGCGACUUGUGACCGAAGUGUAGGAGCUUCCUGAGACGGUGAAGGACAGAGAAAUAAUGUGGAGCUUCUAGACCCGAGGGAAUGCCCUACAUCUUUAAAGGCACCCUAGACCUCUCAGGCCAGGGAGGAAGACGUUGAGAAGAUACACUUUCACUGAAAGAGCUGGUCUCUUUUCCUUUUCAUGUGUAAUCCUGAUAUUUUAAAGCUGCACAUUUGUGAAUUUUUCACCUUAUCGAAGACUUUUCUCAUUUCUUUUCUGUGAGACAGCUACAGAAAGAGAGUUUCAUUAGUUGUAGGAAUGGCCACAGUCUAGGUUUUCAAAUAAAAUAUAGACCAGGCAGCUGCCUGAUCCUGAAGGGCCCCAAUCCUGUAGUUUUUAUAACCAUUAAAUCACCAAUUUCUAAAGGCUUGAAAAUUCUGUGAUCAGGUCUUGGUGAUUUAUUAAAUUAAUUUAUAGAUCGAUGGAACAAAACGUUCUAGUCCUCGGGGACUAGAGCUUCCUUAAUUAAAAUGACUAGCUUAAUUGAUUACUUGAUGAAUAAGUUAGUAGUGAUCCGUCUUUAGGAAUUAGUGCUUUAGGAUGAACUACAGAUGUGAUAGGAGAGGCUGAUAGGCAAGGCUGGACAUACUGUACCUGACAUGAGAGCCCUAUAUAGACUUUUAAAGGAUAAUUAGUCCCCAGAAGACAAUAAUAUACAAAUUGGAAUGUAAACUUUAUAAAAAUGAAUUUUCUGGUGUUAAAAUUUUUACAUUUUCUAGUUGAGUCACAUCUUUUCACUUAGCUUUACAUAUAAUGUUAUUGACAUUUGACUUCAAACAAUUAGUUGAUCCCAGAACCAGUGUAGUAUAGUGACUGUUUAAAGGUUCUAGCAGUUAAAAAAGAGCUUUUACAGCAGCCAAACAAGAAUGUCUAAUUCACAGCUUGUCUUGGAAUACUGUUGUCGGAAAUGAAGAGUUUGGAAAUGACUGAGCUCAGAAACAUUUUCCAUUGUUCAUCCUUGUUGUGUUCUUGUCUGAACUGUUUCUUGAGGUUUAGAGUUGUGCUUUAAAACCUGAAGGUUUAGUCUCUUGCAUUACGAAGAAGAUGUUAUGCUUUUCCUGGCAGUGUGGUCUUGCCAGUAUUUACUUGGUGAUGGGUCUUUGCAUGAUGAAAUUCUCUGUGAAGUUUUCAUUGGAUAUUAGAAUUAAUUAAUUCUGGGUACCAGCCCAAAAAUGCAGAUUUGUCAAAUAAACCACAAUAAACAGACCCACAGGAGGCCAGCUGGGAUAAUUAGGCAAUUUGAACAGGAAAAUGAGCAAAUUACAGUUUUAUAAAACGUUUAUAGUGCGUUGUAAUUGUGAGGUCAAACAACUGUUUCUUAAUUUUUUUUAAUUGUCUCUUGUAGCACGACAAUAUUGUGUCCCUGCAAAAAUCACUUUUGAAUUUUCCUUUUAUUUGAAACCAGAGAGCUUUCAUUAGAGCCCAUUUGUCAUCAUUUAUGCAUUAGAUUUAAGAGGACUGCAGUGUUUUUAUAUUUUAUAGGGUGUUCUAUAGGAGUCUACGACAAUCAGAUGGCAGUGUGAAAAUAUACAGUUGCCCCAAGUACAAACAAAUCUUAACAUACUUUUUUGAGGUGACUGCUUUUGAAAUAUGUGGAUUGUUUCAGAAUUCAUCUUCCGUCAAUGGAAACUGCUUUUAAAUGCACUGGAAUUUUUUUUCUACCCCGUAUCUUGACAUCAUGGAGGCUGGACCUGUAGGUGAGAAGCUAUUCAAGAUUUUUUUAGGCUCACAUUUUAUAUGUCCUUCUUUAUAUUGGACUGAACAGGGGCAGUACAAUACCUAGACUGCAUAAUCUAAACCUACAGUUUGGUGCAAAAGUCUGUUCAUGCUCGCAUGAGUUACAGGCUUAGGUGUAUGAAAAAUACAGUUUGAAUUUUACACACAGAAAGAAAAAAAGAACAGGAAACUACAACUCUGAACAGUAUUUGAAACUUUAAUGGCUUAAGCCUUGACUGAUCUCUGCCAAAGCCCAUCUUUUAUCACAGCAGUCAUCUGGAUAUGAAGUCUAAAGGCUUUCCUAAGGCCUGGCUCGAUGUACUGUAGCUCUUCUGCAGUUUCCAACUUGCAGUUUUGCAAGUCCUGUGAUUGAUGCAGCUUCCUAACUGAUAUAGAUCACAAUCAGAAGUAAAUAUAUUCCCCCAAGAAAUGGCACUCUGCAUUCAAAGAAGCCUGUUCUGCAAUUAACCUCUCAGAAAUGUUAAAUUCAGAUCACAUAAUUUGGAUAGUGUCUUGCUUGUUUUUUUUGUUUAACAUGAAUAUUCUCAAACGUGGAAAAGUUAAAUAAGCGGUGCUAAAGAAUCCUGUGCCUGAAGUUUAAAAAAAAACUUACAAGCUUUUCGACCCUAAAAUCAGAUUGAAGCAAUAGCAGUUUAACGGUCUCAUUUAAACAAUAUCAAACACAGCCAAGACAGCCAACACAGGUGUGAUGGCAUCAUGUUUAACAUGAAGUAUCAGUUUUUUUUUUUUUUUUUAUAUUUCCUAUAUCUCCUGGUGGAGAUCACAGGGCUUAGCUUUCUGGACUGUUUUUUAUAGGACUUUUCCUAAACCAAAGUCAGGUGACAUAAGAACAUAAGAAAUGUUGUUCUCCUAUUCUUCCGGAUUUCCACAGAGGGAAGCCUUAAGAGACCGAACAUGUGGUAGACUGCAGAGUGGCCCUGCUCUCAGAUCACAAUACUAAUGAAAAUUAGGUAUCCAGAGCACUGCAUCACCUGCCUUCGACCCACUGCCUCUGAAAACUUACCUGUCUAAUAAUUUAUGAGCAUGUAACUUAUCAAUUUAAUACUAUUCAAUCCCCAUUCACGUACAGUACCUCUGUCUGACAAAGAAAGAUGGCCAUUAUUUAUACCCCAGCUAGUCUUUAUAUAGAGCAGUGUUUCCCAAAAUGAUGUGUAAACUUCUCACAGAAAAAAAAAUCCAUGUGAAAUUGAUAGAAGAUACAAUAUAAUGAGAAAUAACCAUAUAAGAUUUUUUUUAAUAUUGUAUAUUGGAGUAAAGGUCAUUUACAAUGUCUUCAUGUAUAGGAAGGGGCAUAUCUUAGAGGCAUUUUAACCAAAAAACAGUAUGUGUUUAUUGUGAACUGGUUUCACACUUGUAAAGAUGUACUCAUUUUCAAUGUAUAAAGUGUUCGAUUUUAUAAUCCAUUCCAGAACUGUUCUUUUGUGCAAUAAAUAUUUUUUCACUAUUAA